AAGCAGUUGAAGUUUCUAGGUUAUGUUUUCUUUUCCAUCCAUUUUCGGAAAACCUCAAGUAAAUUUAAACUGAUUUAGAUUUAUUUUAAUUAUGGCUUUGGUGCUGAUAACUGCACUCAAAAGACUUAGUAUUAUAGCAGUACCGUCUCGAGUCUAUUCAUCUGCUGUAACUAAAACUACCGCAACAGUUUUAAAUAAUUCUUUGGAUGUAACCAAGAAAGAAUGGAUGUUUCCUCCUGUUUACACAAAGCCCCGCGAAGUUUGGGUUGAGAAUAUAGAUACAGUUGAAGAGAAGAAGUUGGGUUUGUUUGAACUCCACCCCUCAGUGUUUGCCACAGUUCCACGAAUCGAUAUAAUUCACCUUAACGUUAUUUGGCAAAGAAAGUACAGAUGGGUUUCCUGGGCGCAUACAAAGACUCGUGCUGAGGUGCGUGGUGGAGGAAAGAAGCCGUGGCCUCAAAAAGGUCAAGGCAGAGCUCGACAUGGAUCCAUCAGAUCGCCUCUGUUCCGCGGGGGUGGAAUCGCUCAUGGACCUCGCUCCGCUACAACGCAUUUCUACAUGUUACCGUUCUAUCAAAGAAUCUACGGACUGACUUCAACAUUAUCAGCAAAAUUGGCGCAAGAUGAUUUACACAUCAUCAAGGAUUUAGAUUUACCAUCUGAUGAACCUGAUUAUUUGAAGGAUUUGAUUGAAAAUAGGAAUUGGGGCCCAUCAGUACUAAUAGUUGACGAUACUGAUAUAGUACCUCGUAACAUAACAGUGGCCACAGAUGCAUUGCCCCAUGUGAACAUAAUGCCUGUGUAUGGGCUCAAUGUAUACUCCAUGCUAAAACAUGAUACACUCAUUCUCACAAUGGCAGCAGCAGAAAAAAUUGAAGAGAGGAUUCUACACAACCUCAACUCAAUUGCUAAAGAGCAACAAGCACCAUUUAAGUUAGAUCAAGUGUAAAAACUUAUUUGCAAUAUAAAUAAUUUGUAACAUUAGUGUAAAUAA